AUGGAUAACCAACAAGAUAAAAUCAUUGCUGCCUCAGCCAAUGAAGAAAACAGUCUGAUUAAUGGAAUCAAAGAAAAUGACUCAGAGGACCAGGAUUUGGCAAUGAAGUCAUUUGUAGCUCUAGAAGCUACUACACCAGUCCAACCCAUACCAGUGGUACAAAAAGAGCCCCCAAUGUUUCCUGGGGGUCUCCUGCCUCUGCCGUCUAAGAAGCCGUGUGUGCAGAGCCCUCUAUCUCCUUUGGGCCUGAUUGAAGCACCUGAUCAUUCCGCUAAUAGCGCUUCUGUGAAUGCCAUCUCCCUCACAUCUGGAGUUGCAAAAGGCCUGAACACAUGGUCACUGCCCAGUGAGUGUGAGAAAGCGCCGUUUGCCAUCAUGGAGCCUGCAGGCAUGUCUGCUCUGAAUGGAGACUGCUUCAUGCAGCCAAGCCGGACUUGCUUAGGUUGCUUCAUGGAAUCAAAAGAAGCAGUAGAUCCUGAACCAGGGAUCAGUCUGAAAGUCGGUGAUCUAAACAGAGAUUAUGAAACAUGUGCGGUCUCUGAUAUAGGGAUUCAGUGCAUUAAUGCUGGAGAAAAUAUGAAAUAUGGAGAGCAGCUGCUUUCAGACCAGCUGUUAGGCUUCCCCCUGAAUAAAUCAAGGGCAGGAGAUAGGCGAGACACUGAGAAGCCUGACAUUGACUUGGAAGAUCCAACUCAGAAGAGUUAUUAUGAGGCAUUACUGUUAGAUAAGUGCAAUACAGAAGAAACUUUACUGACAAACUCCAAUCAGGAUUGGGGUUACUUUGAGACUUUUAUUAGUGAGAGUAAGAUUGAACUACUUGACCUCUGCUCCAAGAAUGAACUAUCUGUUAACCUUUUCUCUGAAGAAGAUGUGGAUAACUAUAUGUUCGAUGAUGAUGAGUCAAUACUGGGCAGUGAUGUCUGCUCCCUCAAAAUUCGAUACGAGUCCUUUCAGGACAAUGUUCGAGAUAAGACCACCCUUCUGAUGCAGGAAGAUGCCCAAUUCAACUUUUUCCCCAGUGUCUUUGCUACAUGUCCCAAGAGGGAAUCUAGGAGUGGAAUCCUCAAGCAGAGCAGCGAUCUUUCUCAAUUCAAGGUCCCUGAUGUGAGCAUCAUCUGGGGAGAGGAAGAUAAAAUCAUGGACCAGAAAAAAGACAAAGAGGAAGUGCAUGAAGACAAAAAUAUAGAGAAAAAAGAUGAAAAAGAUAAUGAAGAAAAACCUGAAUUAAAUAAUAAACCAUGCAGUGGGCUUGAGGUAAAGCCAGACCAUCUUACUAAUUCCCUGGAGACAGCAGGAAAUUUCAGUGAUGAUGGUUCCUUCAUUGAGGUCUCAUAUGACGCCAUGGGGGAGAUCAAAGACUGUAGCCGCUAUAUGUCUCGGGAAACUAAUUCCGGAAGCUCAUCCUCCCAACAGAACUAUGGACUGAGAGCCAAGAGAAAAGUCAGAUACAGUGAAGAUUAUCUAUAUGAUGUUGACUCACUAGAAGGGGAAAAAAUAAAUGAGAGAAAGGAAUGGUCUCCAGGUGGCUCGAAAGAUGAUGAUGACGAUGAGUGGUGUCCCAAAAAGAGAAGAAAAGUGACCCGCAAGGAGCCCCCUGUUAUUAUCAAAUAUAUCAUCAUCAAUCGCUUUAAAGGUGAGAAGAACAUGCUGGUGAAGCUAAGUAAGGUAGAUGCCAGUGAGACAACAGUGAAUUUGAGUGAGAAUCAGCUGAGUAAGUAUGCCAAGUUAUCACCUUUGAAGGGCUUCUGGCAGAAGAAGAAAACGCAGAGAAACAGCAACACAGACACCAUCAAAACACCCUUAUGCCAGAAGCAAAGCUUUGAACCAGGUAACUUUGAGGUGUCUUUCUUGCCACCUGCUCGUAAACGAAAAUCUAAGCUUGGCAACAGACACAGGAUUCAAAGGAUCCAGUCCAUGGAAACUUCGGCAAGCAGUAAGCAGGUUUCAUUCUGCAGUGAUCAAAGACAAGCUAGUAAUCGCAAAGAAGAAGGCAGCUUCAAAGGUACACCAAAGUCAGCACCUCUUGCUGCUCCAAGCUGUGCCAGCGGGUCACACUUACGUGGCAUCAUUGUCCCCGACUCAGUCAAGGUCAAAACUCAAGACUCGGAGUUUAAGGGGCCAGAAAGGAAAGUGCUCAACAAAAUUAAAUUUAAAAGUGAAGCUAGGUUAAAAUCUAAAAAAAUCAAAACCGGACAAGAAAACAAACCAGUUCAAAUGAGCCCUGUCUUAGAAGACCAAUCCUCCAAGGCUAAUUUUAAAAAUGACAUCAUUCCUGGAACCUCAAACAGUUCCUAUCUGUCUGAAUUUCACGAGACAAAGGUUAAGAAUUCCACUUUCUUACCAACCACCUGCUCUUCUGAAAUGCCUUUAUCUUCUGCUAAUGUUGCCACUAAUAUACCUGUUAUCCCUGGAGGGUAUCUGCAAACACUGUUAGAUGCUUCUGACUUGUCAAAUACUACUAGUAUCUCAUACUUCACCAACCAUUCUCCAGAGCAAAAUGGAGCCAGCCUUGCUCACACGGAAAAAUCAUUUGUACCUCUCCAGUCUUCUCAGGACUGUGUGCUGUCCUCAUCUCCUGAGUCCGAGCUGCAACCAUCAUCUCAUGACUUCAAAAUGGAAGAAGUAAGCAACUAUGGAAGCAUGUGGUCCAACAAGGCUACCUCUGGCCCACAAGAGUUCAUGGCUGAAGUCUCAAGGGAGAUGGCCACAAACCAAUCUGAUGAAUUCGAAGUGUCCCAAUUCAUCUCCAUGGAGAAUAACCUCACAGCUAUAACAUACAGUCCUCUCUGCCUCAACAGUGGUAGCAGUGGUUGCAACAAGGUCCUGUAUGCCUCUGUGCAGGACUCUCUUUUCCCAUCUGAUGACUCUUAUCAAUUGUGCCCCUUGAAUAACGAAGAGAUCUGCUUUCCUUUCCAGCAGGCUCCAGCCAGUACAGACGAUGACAGCCGACUCUUUAACUUUGAUUCAAUGACUCCCCUUUCUGUCAGUUCAAGCAAUUAUUGUCCCUUAAGCUUGAAAUCCUGGGAAAGGGAUGGCGAUGAUGAGAUCACUGAUGACUUCUUGGCCCACUGCAGCCCGAAACUGGUGAUCCAGCAGAGCGUUGAUGAGAUAGUACCACUGAAAGAGUCCACUGACCUCCUCGAUAUCUCCAACUUCACUCCUGACAAGUUCCGCCACUCUUCCCUCUCCGAAAUGUCUCCACCGGACACACCCAGCCUUUCUCCUCAGAGUACCAGAUGUGAGAGUGUCAAAACACUAGGAACCAUGAAGGGAUUCCAAGAGGGUGUCCCAGGAUCGUUGGGCAGCAUGGAGAAAAUCACGUGGGACUGUGGUACCCUUUCACAACAAGUUCAAGUGGAUGAUGCCUUUACAGUAAAUAACCAUCCGUUUCAAUUCCACAUGUUCAACGAUGAGGACUCUGUUGGUCUGCUCCAAAAAAACCCCUGCCUGUCAACCUUUGACGAGUCAGCUGGACAAGUUAGUGCCAACAACAAAGUGUCAAAAUCAAGAAAGAAAGUUUCACCUGGCAAGAGUGGAGCCGUGAGCCAAAGUUCUUUCCAGAAAAAUGCCAGGAAAAAGUCCCCCAAAGCCAGCAACAAAGGGAGUGAAAAGCCACCUAGCAAAACCUCCCGCCAGGUUUCUAAAUCAACAAAGAAAGGGAAACAUGUGGCUGCUGUCAGUGGAGAGAAAAUGCAGACUGGGAGUGGCCGUAGUGGGGGCCAACCCAACAGCACAUCCUCCAGUGGAAAGACUGAAUGUAUUCAACAUGGUGGUCCUGUUGCCCCUGUGAAGAUGCCAAGUCAGAAGGGACUUUCUGGUGACUGGGCUUUGGGAAAGGAAAGCAAGCCAGCCUGGAAUGACGUGAGUACAAUCACUAAUACCAACAACCUUCUGGAUGAUGACCAACGGGAAUUUCAAGAGCCUUCCUAUAUCUUGUCCAACAUUGCCUCUGGUAUGGCAGAUGUGCAGAGAUUCAUGAUGGCCUCCAUAGAGCCCCUUUGGGAACCCAUGGAGCAACAAGGGGAGUCCAACACAUUCUACUCCCCUGAUUCCAAUAGCCUGAAAUUAAAAACCCUCAAAAUAUUAGCUGGUACACCACAAGAAUCUAAGAAAAAGGUUAAUAAUGGGUCAUCAGGAGCUACUAAGAAUCACAAAUCAGUCAAAGGUGUGAGCAAAAGCAACGGGAAAGCAGCAGUUGCUGAUCCUGGCCGUGCAGACAUGCCUAGUAACAAUGAGGACUCUCAAUCUGACGUCUUUGAUAAAAAGUGUGGUAACAUGAGCACUUUAGGCAAUAACGGACCAACACACAAGAAAUUAUAUCGUCACAAAUCCAACUCCAAGACCCUGCGAGAUGAGAAAUAUAAAGGGAAACGUGUGGAACGAGAACAGGGCCACAAGGAUGAGGCUGGGACAGCUUCUUUUGAAAAACUGAGGGAUUCUAACUACAAUCUCCUAAAAGCAGAAACAGCAUAUUGGGUUUUACCUGUGUUUGAAGAAGAGACUCACAUUUUCCGGAAAGACAUUUAA